AUGGCGGCCGCCUCCUCCGAAUUGGUGGAAAAGCUUAAGUCUUUGGAUGUUUCUGAGCGCCUACCCAAAUACCCCAAUUGCUUCCCUGAAGUCAAUACAGUCGACAUUUACCGUGCACAUUUAUCGUCAAUUCUUUCGGAGGUUACUGGCGUGGAUGCGACAAUUGUAUACCCCGCCUUGCAAUGGACACAAACGCUGGAAAAGGGCGACUUGGUGCUGCCAGUGCCUGCGUUGCGAGUAAAGGGGAAAAAACCGAAUGAGUUGGCUGCUGAGUGGGUGGAGAAGUUUCCCGAGUCACCAUUGGUACACAAACCAACCGUGAUGGGCACAUUCAUCCAAUUCUUCUUCAAAGUCGAUAAACUCGCAGAACUUCUCAUUCCCACUGUCAUCAAGCACGGUACUCUGUUCGGUCAGAAUCGAUAUCUGGGUUUGAAAGACCCUGCGGACGAGUCGAAAGGUCGAAAACGAAUGAUAGUAGAAUUCUCCUCCCCAAACAUCGCGAAACCAUUCCAUGCCGGACAUCUUCGAAGUACUAUUAUCGGUGGAUUUCUUGCAAACUUAUAUGAUGGGGCUGGUUGGGAUGUGAUCCGAAUCAAUUACUUGGGAGAUUGGGGUAAGCAGUAUGGAUUACUGGCUUUGGGUUUCAAGAAAUAUGGCAGCGAGGAGGCGUUACAAGCUGACCCGAUCAACCACUUAUACGAGAUCUAUGUCUCAAUCAACAAGGAUAUGACUGCAGAGAAGGAAGAAAUGACGGCAUUAAAAGAGGCAAGCAAGGACUUUUCACAUAUCGAGAAGGAGGGACUGGACGAACAAGCUCGUCGAUAUUUCAAAGCGAUGACGGAAAGUGAGCCGGAAGCUUUGGCGCAAUGGAAACGAUUCCGAGAUCUCAGUAUCAAAAGAUACAAGGAGACAUACGCUCGCCUCAACAUUCAUUUUGAUGAUUAUUCUGGCGAAAGUCAGGUAUUAGAGGAAAAUAUGGCUAAAUCAGCCAAAAAGAUGGAGGAGAUGGGCAUUACUGAAGAGUCUGAAGGAGCUGUAAUCAUUGACUUUACAAAACACGUCCCGGGUAAAGCAGGAAAGAGUCUUGAACGACCGAUCAUCAAGAAACGUGAUGGUACCGCCCUCUACCUCACUCGAGAUAUCACAGAAAUGCUCCAACGAGUCGAAAAAUACAACUUCGAUCACAUGAUCUACGUCGUAGCAUCGCAACAAGAUCUCCAUCUCAAACAACUUUUCAAGAUCAUCGAGUUGAUGGGUUAUGACGAGCUAGCCAAGAAAGUUCAACACAUCAAUUUCGGCCUCGUGCUAGGAAUGAGCACGCGACGUGGAACAGUAAAAUUCUUAGAUGAUAUCCUCCGUGAUGUGGCCGAGAAAAUGCACGAAGUAAUGCAGAAAAACGAAAAGAAAUACGAGCAAAUUGAAGAUCCAUUAGCUACAGCCGAUAUCCUCGGUAUCAGUUCAGUAAUGGUCCAAGAUCUUAGCGGAAAACGAGGUAACAACUACAAAUUCGAUAUGGACGUUAUGACUUCCUUUGAAGGCGACACCGGACCUUACCUCCAAUACGCCCACGCCCGUCUCUGCUCCAUCACCCGUCGCGCGGCCCUCACCCCCGAAGAAAUCGCUACCGCAGACCUCUCCCUCCUCACCGAAUCACACGCUCUAAACCUCAUCCGGGUCAUCUCCCAAUACCCAGACGUCGUCGCCAACACCCUGAAAACUCUCGAACCUACUACCACCCUCACGUAUCUAUUUAAGAUGACCCACGCGCUGAGUAGUUCGUAUGAUCACCUCCGGAUCGUGGGGAGUGAGAGGGAGUUGAUGAAGGCGAGGAUGGCGCUGUACGAUGCCGCUCGCGUGGUGCUGUAUAAUGGGAUGAGGCUGUUGGGGUUGAGUCCUGUGGAGAGGAUGUAA